GCCAUGUUUGCCGAGGCGAUAUCGUGCUCUCUUUCCACGGACGUCCGAUGGCGAUCGACCCAGGUUUCCUCGCGGUUGAACGUCGCGAUCCUCGCGAUAUGUUCGCGGAUCGCAGCAUCGGCGGCUGCGUCGCUCGGCGUCGCUCAUCUCGCGAAUCUCCACUGAGACGUCUCGGAACGUUGGCGCGAAUCCCACAAGACGACGCGCAUCCCUUCUUUCAUAUGCAUGCGUGUGCAUUCUGAUGCAUUCACUCGUUGGGCAACGCUCUCUUCUAGGCACUCUCACUAUUCGUCUCAUCCGCUCGCGAUUUGCGAAACAUGGUUUGGAGAUUGUACGUUCCGCACGUGCAAAACCACACGUGGUUCACACAUCGAGCGAAAUGGCCCGCUCUAAACAGGCCAAACACUCCAAACCCGCUCGGCGUGGUCGCCACGUCGACGGGCUGCGUUGAAUUUCUAUAAUUGCCUCAUAAACUCCACGCACCGUUAACCUAAUAGCGAUGAUACAAAUUGAAUGAUGAUACACUAUGAUGAAUACACGAUUGUAUCAAUGAUAUCUCCUGCAAAGAUUUAUUAUGGAGCAACUCAGCGAAGGACAGGCGGUUGUAGUCGGUAGUACCGGUGGAGCUGUACAAGUUGUUCAAAUGGGCCAAGGUGGACAAACUAUGAUGCUUCCGCAAGCGAUACAAGUAGCAGCAACACAAGUAGCGCCUAAUGGACAGAUCCAAGUUGUUCCAGUUUCUAGCCUGACCAGUACUGGUCAACAGAUAGUUAUUCAGCAACCACAAACGCCACAAAUUAUUCAAACUCCCGAUGGACAAACCUACAUCUAUCAACCUGUGCAAUUAGAAGGUCAAGUGCAACAAGCCCAACCAACAGUUAUAAAUCUUAAUGGUAAUCUCAUGCAAAUUGCUGGUACAACAUCACAGACCGCAACUACUGCUGCUAGUACAACCCCAGUACAACCUUUAGGUAGUCCUACAUCAACAGUGUCACAAGGAGGGAAUGUUGUUAUGAUGGUACCAGGUAAUAGCGGACAAACACAGUUCCAAAGAGUGGCAUUGCCUAACGCUGAACUUCUCGAAGAAGAACCACUAUAUGUCAAUGCAAAACAAUAUAGGCGGAUAUUGAAGCGUCGUCAAGCUCGUGCUAAAUUGGAAGCUGAAGGGAAGAUACCCAAGGAAAGGCCAAAAUAUCUCCACGAAUCUCGUCAUCGACAUGCGAUGAAUAGAAUUCGUGGUGAAGGUGGCCGUUUCCAUUCAGGUCAAGUGAAAAAACGAAAUAGACAAAAUGCAAAUCGCUCCACGAUUACCCAGCACAUCACAACCUCAACCAGCACCGAUAAUGUUCAUACUGUAGCAAUAGCAGCUGCAAAUGUAGGUGUACAAUAUCACGACACAGACAAUAUGGUAUCCACGAUUGUACUUGAAAAGCCAAAUAUUCCUCUGCAAGAUAUGAUCUCUGAUGACGACAUUGUUACCACAAACAGUCGCUUGAUGUAGAUAAUAUUUGGAUAAUAGUUGGAUUGAAAAAAAGGAAGAAUCAUGUGUCAGUGAUUAUAUUGAACAUCUACAUUUUUUUGUAUGUGUAAAUAUUCUUGGUGCGAUGUAUAAUAUAAAUAUAAU